CGUCCGUGAUGUGGUUGAAAUGAUCGGAUGAUUUCACAUCUGUUUCUCGUCGUCGACCAUCAUCAAAGUUUGUUGUCGAGAUAUAGGACGCUGCCGUCCAAGAAUAUGCAAACUGACCUCAAAAAUGACUGGUAGAGCCAUUCGUCCCCAUGCCAAGUCACGAACAGGUUGUGCUACGUGCAAGCGAAGAAAGGUCAAGUGCGACGAAGAAUAUCCUGUGUGCGGAAAUUGCACAAAACGAAAGGUGGAUUGCACCUGGGCACCGAAAACCUUCAAAUUCGUUAACUCAUCGCCUGACACACGAGCUUUCGCCUGCCUCUGUGUCAACUGCACUGUCGCGUCGACGGCCUAAAGAGAUUUCGAGUCUCUCUACUUUUCAGCAUCCCAAUGCUUCCUUUAUUCUCAGCACGCGGACAUUAGAACUUAUGCAUCACUACACCAGCAUGACGUGCUACACUCUCACUUUCGUCAAUGAAAUCAAUCUGGAUAGCGUUUGGAACACUGCAGUACCGAGACUUUCCUUCACUGCUCACGGUUCUCAUCUUCUUCAUGCUAUCCUGGCGGUCUCUGCCCUCCACCUCUAUUCCGUCGACCCUACGGGCCCGACUGCCGGACGAUACUCCCAUGUGGCCACCGUACACGGCAAUGCGGCAUUGGCGGGGCUCACCAUUCCCUCAUUCGAGAGCCCUAAUCUUAUCCCUUUCGUGCUCACCCUCUCAGUAAUCGUCAUAUAUGGCUUCGCUAUAUCGCCUCCUUCAUUGACUUCCUCCAACUCACGGUUCCGGAACUGGUUACGUGUCCUUCGAGUCUUGACUAAAACAUGUCAACAGUGGCCAGCCCUUCCCCAAGGUGUGACCGGUCCGUUAUCCAGUAGGUUCCCACUGUCUCCUUCAGCACUACUAUCAUCGCUACCAGAUCCCGAGUCUGGAGAUACAUUCCCUCAGUUCCUGUUCACGCUCCCGUUCCCCACUCCGGGCGCCCCAGAUCCAGAAGAAGUCGCUGAUGAAGAAGUGUCAGCAGACUACCAGUGGGCUCUUACAUUACUGCAGCUCGCAUGGAAGACAUCGUUUAUCCCUCAAUAUCAGGGUUACUCGCUCCUUGCGUGGUUUGCAGGCGUUUCAGACAGAUUUUUGACGUUCUUCUUCGAACGACGCCCCAGGGCCCUGUUGCUUAUGGCGCAUUACUGUGUCAUCAUGCAAAAUAUGGAGCGGAAAAACACAGAUCCGAACUGCCCUUCAUCCUGGUGGGCCCAGAGGAAGGAAAAGUGGGACGGAAUUAUUAAGGAGCUAAUGUGCCAGCUCGGACCGGAGUGGAGUGGGUACGUAGGAACGUAUAGUGUGAAUUAUCACAGUCGCGUGCAUGCGUAGACCUGGGAGCGCCGCUAUGUUCUUGAGUUUUAUGU